AUGACACGACUGCCUCUGCCAGCUCUGCUAGCGGCGCUGGCCACCCCGUGGGUCCUCCUGCUCGCUCUUCUUGGCUGGACGUUCGUGCGCGGACUCACGUGCUCACUCCCUCGUGCUGCUCGCUCGUUGAAAGCGGCGGACCGCCUUCGAGUGGGCUUUUUGCAUCCAGAUUUCGGGAUCGGCGGUGCUGAGAACCUCGUGGUGAACGCAGCGGUCGCACUACAGCAGCGCGGAGCUCGAGUGACCGUAUUUACGGCCCAUCACGAUGUCACCCAUUGCUUUGAAGAGACGCGGGGGGACGGACCAUUGGCCGCACACGUACGUGUUCACGGUGACUGGCUGCCACGCGCGAUAGGGGGCAAGCUCUAUGCGUUCUGUGCAGUGCUCCGCGUGCUGUUUGUCACGCUUUGUGUCGCAGUGUACGACCGACACGACCUCGACGUGUUUGUCGUCGACCAAGUGUCGAUCGCUGUUCCCUUCCUGCGUGCCAUGGGCAAGCCCGUGCUUUUCUAUGGCCACUUCCCGGAUAAGCUUUUGUGCAUCCGGUCCAACUCGAUCUGGAAGCGUCUUUACCGUCUACCGCUCGACUUCUUGGAGGAGAUCACGACUGCAUCAUCGGACAUUAUCGUGGCAAACAGCAAGUUCUCGCGGGGCGUGUUCCGAGAGGUUUUCCCGCAUCUGCGAUCAAAGAAGCUGGGGAUUCUAUACCCACCGGUAGAUGUCAAGGCUUACACUACUGCAACUGAUGCGCGCGUGGAACGAGACUCAGGUCUGUUUGUGUCGCUGAACCGUUUUGAGCGGAAAAAGAACGUGGCGCUGGCGAUCGAGGCACUCGUGGAGCUACGCGAGACCCUUCCCAGUGAGGAGUUUCAGCAGGUCAAGCUGAUUGUGGCCGGCGGGUAUGAUCCGCUAAACACGGAAAACAAAGAGCAUCUGAUUGAGCUUCAAGACGUGGUGGCCGAGCACGCCCUAGAGAAGCAUGUGGAGUUCCGCACGUCCGUCUCAAACGCCAUGAAGCUCGAGCUGCUGUGCAAGGCUUGCGCUAUUCUGUACACGCCCGAUCGCGAGCACUUUGGUAUCGUUCCCGUCGAGGCCAUGGCAUGCGGGACUCCCGUCGUUGCAGUGAGCUCUGGUGGUCCAUUGGAGUCCAUCGCGGACGGUGAAACCGGGUUCUUGUGCGAGCAGAAGCCGCGGGCAUUUGCGAAAGCUAUGGCAAAGCUUUGUGGCCACAAACACAGCACUCGAGUGGGCGAGAUGGGGGCCAACGGUCGACAACGUGCUCUCAAGUGUUUCUCACUCGAGACUUUUGGCGACACUCUGCUUGGGCUGGUAGACCAGGCGGUGUAUGGUGAGAAGGUGGCAUAG